UUCUUCAAUCUGGUUCUGCAGGCACCUUUAUCGGACCCACAGGGCUCCUCUCACAACAAUGACCCACAGAGUGAACCUUUCACAGAGGAGCAGCUGAAGAAUCCAAGUUUGAGGUCUGGUUGUAUGGUCCAUAUGCAACCAGCCCUGUCCAAGCCUUGCUUUGAAGAGAACCAGCUUAACAGACUGAAUUCUCAGGGCCAGACUGUUCCUGUGAUUGCUGAUGGCCAGGCCAAGCUGUAUCCAUCCAGGGCUGUACGUCUGUUUUCCACCCAGACAAAAUGUGAGGACAUUACUCCACUCAGGGGACCACCUGUCACACCACAGGCAUGGUCCGGAUUGGCUAGCUUCCGUGUCAUGGGUUCUUUCAAAAAACUGCGGACUUCUGUGCUCCAAGGAAUCCAGAACCGGAGCAAUGCGAUGGCAGCAGGUCAGGAGAGAAAUCCGUCCUCGAUGUUUGAGGAUGGUGGUAGUUUCUUAGUAACCAAACGAGAGGUUGCGACUAAUCAAAUCCAGGAAACGGACAAAGUGUCAAAUGGAACCGCUCAAACUGGAAAGAUGUCUUCAGUUUUGGAUGAAGAUGAUUGUGAGGAUGAUGUGAAUGGGUUUCAGAGAAAUUCCCAUUUCUCUAAGAGUAUCCGCAGGGCUUAUGGGGCAGGACGGAUCUCAUUGCUUGACAUAGUCAAGACAGAGAGCCCGUCUAACAGUGAGCCUGACCCCAGCAGCACUGUGGAGUCCGUUGGACCUUGCAAGAACAUUGAGAAUCCAGAAAAUGUCAAGGGUCUCAAAAGACUAAGCAAGAGUGCAGAUAAUUUAGUCUUCAAAAGUCAUUUUAGACGCAAAGCUGAACCACAGAACCCAGAAUGCCCCAGUACUAUAAUUUUUCAGAGGACCGACAGUUCUUCCUUGGCUGACUUGCAGGAAAAUGGUUCAGGUCAACGUCAAAGCCCCAUGAGGACGCGUGGACAUUUGCAAAAGCUUGUCGGUAGUUUAACCGACCUGUCGGUCAAGCGUAAAAACAUACCAGGCCCCAUCUCCAGAAAAACCCUGUCACCUCUCAGUCAGAUACAUGAUGACUACUCCCGCAGAACCCCAUGUGUACAAAUGAGUGGGCGCCAGCGAAGGCCUUCACCCACACCCAGUAAACCCAGCAGGUCAACACUCACCAACACAACCCAACUAUACACCCCGCGCCCUCCUGCCCCGCUGUCUUUAGUUCCACUUUAGAUGACUCUCUGGAGCCUCCCAGC